AUGGCCCUUGUCAACGCUGGCAUAGUACCAGCUUCUCGUGCGGUUGGUGAAAGUGACAAUGUCGCGAGAAAGACGGCCCGGUUUACAACGUGUGUAGGCCUGGCGGAUGUAGCACUUGCGCGGGGCAACUACUAUGCCGAAUCAGACCUAAUUUCAAGUAGUGCUCACAAGGAUGCAAGACAAAUCGAGAUGCAAGACGUAUUGCCAAUUUUUGUCUCCAUCGCGUCUACGUGUCUGUCGAACUUGUGUGAAGCCUCCAUUAACAGCAAAGAACAAUCAGCAAUGUUAUACAAUUGGACAUUGAUCAUCACUCACUCAUGCGCAUCCACACACCAGUACCUGGUGACUGCUACUAGUGAUCAACAGCGAGGACACGGCCAGGCAUUUGAGCCAUUGAACCGCACAGCACAUUUUGAUGAUGCAGUGGGUGGCGCGAGAGCAUGUGUCUUUGUAGACUUCAAGAAUAUCGAUGUCAUCAUCCAGAACGUCGGAAUCAAAAUUGUGGCAGUACUUAUCUUGAAGGGGGAUAGUACUGAUCAAGGCGUGGCCGGCGACAUGCCAUACCAUCCUCGUCAGGUUCCACCAUUGUGUGCUCGUGUUGGUGCCAAGAUGAGGAGCGGCCCGCCCUGGGUGAGCGACUUGGAUACGGAGAAAUAA